UUCACGCCCGUCAGAAUGCUGACGGCGGCGCGAGCCACUGCGGGACCCCCGGGACUGACGUCGACGUCGUCGUCCGGCGUGGCGCGCCGCGACCAGCCUCGCGACGUGCACGACUACGACCAGGGCAUCGACCACGUGGACCUGGACCACUUGUUCCUGCUGCCGGUGCGCGUGCUGAGCAUGGACAGCGCCAGCCUGCGCAAGGACCUCGCCGGCCUGGACUUCAACGUGCACCUCCUGCACAGCGGGCCGCAGGGCAACGUCUGGCUGUCCGGUGCUACUUCAGAUGCCCUAAACCAGAGACCCAGCUCGGCGAAUGGAGGAAAGCCACUCCCAGCAGCUGGAAAAGCAGGGCGGCGUGAUCCAAACAAUCAGACGCUGCAUUGGUUCGCUCACGUUGGGCCGGACAGCAACAAGCACAAUAUACAAGUUUCAGCGCAAGAGCAAGUGAAUCACAAUGCGCUUCCAGCUGGUAAAGAAAAUGCUGCAAUACAACGGGAAAGAGAAGAACGCCUCCGCAUUCUCCGUGAAAAGCAGACUGAAGAGAGGCAAAGAAAACUAGAAGAGCUCAAACAACAGGCUUUAGCUGCCCAAAAGUUUCGAGAGCAGAAGGAAGAGGAAAGAAGGCGGAGGAUAGAAGAUAUGAGACAACGGGAUGGUGAUAGACGUCACCAGGUUGAAGAACGUAAAAGACAAAUUCAUGAAGCAGAACAGGAGAGGCGAACGGCAAUUUUAAGAAAAAACCAGGAACGAGAAGCGAGAAUCGAAAUGAAACGAAAGAAUGAACGCAGUUCAAUAGUGUUUGCAUUUGGAAGCUCAACACCUCGAAUGCUCGAACCUGCUGAUACAGGCGGCUCCUACUGGGCUACUCGACGCGCUACCUCAACAACUACUCUCUUCAGUGGAGCCCCACUUACCUUGACGAGACGAGGAUCUGAGCGAGAUCUUGAUGGCAGCAAGAAGAGAGCCACCUCUGCCUCUGGAUUAGAUCGCAAACCAGGUGGCGGGGUGGUGCCGCCGCACGCGCUGCCGCUCGACGAGGACUGUGCCGCCACAUCCCCCGACGGCGUGGGCUCCGGGUACAUGACUCCCCGCAGCGCCAUGGCGGCCACGGCGGCGCGCCGGAAGACGGACCUCAUCCCGACCACGCCGUCCCCCAGGGACGGCCAGGGCCACGGGCCUCCCUCGACGCGGCAGAGCCGUCGGACGUCCGGCUUACGUUCAGGUGAAACAACUCCCUCCAGACCCUUGAGUGCCAUGAGCCAGCAGUCAAUGAGCAGCGUGAGCUCCUCCAUUGGCGCUCCAAUGCGCUCCAGGCCCGUGGCUGCACCUAGAAGGCCGCGGCCAGCGAGCAUCGCAGUGACUGGGGUCACGAUCGACCCUCCGCCAAGGCACAGCUUAAGCUCUGAACAUAAGAGGCAAGCAGCGGCGGCAGCAGCAGCCGCGGCCUCUCUCAAUGGAACCGGAGACAAGCCACCUGUUCCACGUACAGGAAGCAGUUCUAGGAAAACUAGUUCUGACCGAAUGACUGCCAGCAUGUACGGUGCCAUUCCGUGCUCUGAUAGCACCUCCUCUAUUCCGCCCAAGAAGCCUCCAAAGACUGUCAAGGCAUCACCUCGACCGACUCCUAAAGCAACACCCCUCCAGUCACCAAGAACUGAUACUGCACCAGCACUGCCGCAAGAUCCUUUCCUGAAUCAAACUAAGGUUGCGGAGCCUUCUCCUAAAGCUGCCACAUCGGUAGCUCCGAGUCCUCCAGCUGAAACAGCACCUGCGCCUUCGCCUGCACCUGCGCCUGCGCACGCAUCAUUACCCAGUGCAUCGCCACUGCAGCUGCAGGCCAAAGCCCCGGAAGCGCCAUUGGUUUCUGUGCAGGAGCCAACGAAUGGCCCUAAGGAUGAGCCAGCAGCACCGGCAGCUCCAGCAGAGCUCACAUUCCAGCAAAUGGAGCAAAAACACCAAGAACAGAUAUGGGAAGCAAGCAGACAGGUUGAAGACUUUUCAACCAGUGUAACAUCUGCUCCUGUAUCUACAGAUAACUUGUCUUCUGAAGCUGUGGACAUGACCGCUUCUAUGAUUGCCAAACAGCGUAUUACUACUGAAGAGGAAGCCAAGGCUGCCCUUGCUGAGAGACGGCGUCUUGCUCGGGAGCAAGCGGAAAGAGAAGCAGAACUUGAAAGACAACGCCUUGAAGCAGAGCGCUUGGCUGAAGAAGAAAGAUUACGCCAAGAGGAAGAAGAUCAAAGGCGAUUUGAAGAAGAGCAGGAACGGUUAGCGGUAGAAGCUCGUAGGGCAGAGGAGCAACGACUCUUGCAAGCUAUUGAGGAGGCUCAAAAGAGGGAGGAAGAGGAGAGAAAAAGGAGAGAGGAAGAAGCUCAACAGAAAGCAGAAAAAGAGGAAGCAGAAAAGAAAGCAAAGGAGGAGGCUGAGAAGCAAAGAAAAGAGAUGGAACUGAAAUUGAAGAAAGAAGAAGAAGAACGUAUGGAGCGUCGUAAGAGGGUAGAAGCUAUAAUGCUACGUACCCGUGGUAAAGGUACCACACCUACCUCUACUCCUACUAAGGAAAAUGGUGAUUUAAAUCAAAUAGAAAACGAGGAGCCACAGCCUUCUGAAACUAUUCAGGAAGCAAAGUCUGUCUCCCCAGCCACAACUUCUAGUCAAAGCAAUGGACACAGCAAUGGCAUGGACAGCAUAAAACAGAAUAAUGCAGCAAACGUGCUGUUAGACCUCUCUGAACACAACUCUGUUCACAGUGGCGAUCUAUUGGGUUCUCUGUCAAAUGAAGACUGCAUUAAUUCCAAUCUUAAUGCAAAUAAUGGACUUAUCAAUGGUCCAGCUCCGCUCAUUGCAGCAUUCAAUGAUUCCACUCUCAGCAAGAAACAGGACUCAAAUGUUGUGACAGAUUUGUUAUCAUAAGCAUGCGAUGUAGACUAGGAAAAUUAUGAAUGAGCAGAAAGAUGUGCACUAAGUGACCCUGCAAAAUACAGUGUGUACUUGAAUGAAUUUUGCGUGUAACCCGAAGACUGCUGAAUAAAUGAAUUUUUAUGUGAGCGUGUGACACCUUGGUGAUUAAUAGUGCAUAAAAUGUGAACAAUGGUGCUAAGCAAAAUGGUGGGCAUGGGUCAACAGGCAGCUAAACACACUUCCAGCCGCAACUGGCAAGAAGAUUUUAGCAGCUAGGCCCUUGUCGUCAUCUUCUUCAGCCCACUCCAAUUACUGCUUUUAAAUAUGCAUCAUAAUUAAGUGGUAUUUUAAUUCCUUUUUUACUUGUAACGGUUUUCAAAGUAUGUGUGGUACUAAAAUGAAAUUUAAGCUCACCUAGUCAGAUGGAAAAUAAAAUGUGCAGUGAGCAGGAGAGGCAGUUUAUCAGGGGCUAGGCAAUACCAUUAUAUUUUUUCUUACUUUUGUUUUUCUUCAAUUGUUUACUUUAAACCUUCAAAAUAACAAAAUUGUAAGUCAAUAUGUGCAGAGGCAGCACGAUGGAGUCAGUUGUUUAUGACCUGGCACCAUUCUAUCAUGUGUGACAUGUGCAUGCGCAAACAACAUGUUUUGCCUGUCCAUCUCUCCAUUACUAGCUCUGAACAAUGUUAGAAAUGCUAGUAAGUUCUGAGUGACUAAUGUUGUAAUAAGUAAUCUUCAAUUUGCACUCCUGCUGCUGACUUGUCGGUAGAAAUAUUACUUAACUUCUGUAACCUUGUGUAACAUCAUGUAACAUCCUGCUGUGUGUAUCAUACCUUCCUUGAUCACUUUAGGCUGGUCUUUCAAAUUCUCACCUUAUUUAUUGCUUUUAUUUCUUGGAAGAUCUUUUGUUUUAAUGUUGCCUCAAGGAGGAAAGAGGGUAGUGAUUACCUGGAAGAAAGAAUUUGUAAAGUUGGAGGUCAGGAACCCCAAUUAAAGAGAGUAAAUGACACUGUGUUAAGUUUGAAUAUAGUGUAAUAUUUUAAUGGACUCAGAUUAUCCAGCUAAUGAGAAAUUCGCUGGCAGUGGCUGGCCCAGCCAGGUGUGCUGUUUUUGUGAAAACCAACUUGUUUAAAUAAAUUGUAUUCUCAUUUUAUGUAAAUGCUUGUAAUAAAGUGCUUUAUCAGAUUCAA